CAAGGGAAAAACACAACGAUACCCUUCUCUCACUUUCUCUCUCAUCAAACCAGGUCUCUCUCUCUCUCUCUUUCUCUUUCUCUCUCUUGUUUGUUGGUAUUAGGGUUUCGGAAUCUCCAAUCACCAUUCUCAUUUCUUCAACCAUGGUUCAGCUGAUGAAGAAAGAUUCAUCGAAUCCCCACACGGCGUCGUUCCGGAGCUCCAUGCCGCCGGUGAAGCUGGACAUCGUCGAAGACCCGCUUGAGGAAGAGCACGGCCCCCUCAACAAGCGCCACAAACCUUCCUCCUCCCCCUUGCAAGAGUGGAGUGCUUCGAAUGAUAAUUCAGAUGGUUCUUCUUCCCAGAUCGGCAUACUUGAUGAGCCUAGCCCGUUGGGUUUGCGCUUGAGGAAGAGUCCUUCGCUGUUGGACUUGAUUCAGAUGAAACUUUCUCAAGGGAGAAGUGAUGAGAAUUUAAGCUCUGGAGUGGAAAAGGAAAGUAGAGGUGCCGCCGCUGCAUCCGGUGCCGCGGAAAAGCUUAAAGCAUCCAACUUCCCGGGUUCACUUUUAAGGAUUGGAUUAUGGGAGUAUAAAUCAAGAUACGAGGGUGACUUGGUGGCAAAGUGUUACUUUGCUAAACAUAAGCUUGUUUGGGAAGUUCUUGAAGGUGGUCUAAAAAGCAAAAUAGAAAUUCAGUGGGCAGAUAUCAUGGCACUCAAGGCACAAUGUCCAGAGAAUGGUCUUAGCACUUUGACUGUUGUGCUUGGUAGACAACCUCUUUUCUUCAGGGAGACUAAUCCUCAGCCUAGAAAGCAUACACUAUGGCAGGCAACAGCAGAUUUUACUAAUGGACAGUGUAGCAAACACAGGCUGCAUUUCUUGCAAUGCCCUCAAGGAGUGUUGGCCAAACAUUUUGAAAAGCUUAUCCAGUGUGACUUGCGUCUUAAUUUCUUAAGCCGACAGCCAGAGAUAUUAAUGCAUUCGCCACAUUUUGAUACACAACCUUCUGCAUUUGAGGAUCCUGGCCAUUCAAAAGAUCGUGAUCUGCAUCAAGUCAGUGGUAAAGGAUCAUCAUCCACAUCUGGUUUUGAGGACAGAGGAUCACCGCAGACAUCUUUGUCAUUUUCAUCAUUUAAGAUUGAACACACUGAUCCUCCCAGCAUGACUUUGGAUAGUCUCCCUCGAGAUGCACCUUCCCCUAGUUCAGUCAUGGAUUGUCCUUCAAUUGAUGGGAGCACAAGUUCAGAAAUCGAGUCCAAGGGCCCGAAAAGUUGGGAUCAGAUAAAAGUUCCUGGACUCAAACCUUCUAUGUCAAUGAGUGAUUUUAUUGGCCAUAUCGAACAUUGCCUGUCCGAGCAAAUGACCUUACCCUUAUCUGCUGGAGGAUCAGAGUACCAGGAGAUCCUUGAGGACAUUGCACAGCAUCUGCUCAACGACAAUCAAGUUGCAGCGACUUCUGAUGAAAAAUCUCUCAUGUCAAGGGUCAAUUCUCUCUGCUGUCUUUUACAGAAGGAUCCUGUACCAGCGCAGAAUUCACACCUUCCUGAAGAUAGUACUGUCGAUGGACCUGUUGCUGAAAAAGAUGUCAAGCCUUCUGAGGAGGACUCAAAGGACACUUCUGGUGGCAAGCAAGGACUAGGCAUGUCCAGGAAAGACUCGUUUAGCGAUUUGCUUCUCCAUCUUCCUCGAAUCACAUCUCUUCCAAAGUUCUUGUUUAACAUAUCAGAAGAGGAUGGUGACAGUCAAGCCAGAUAGUUAUUUCAAAAUAGGCAAGUAUGGAGCUUCCUAGCAGAGUCUAGCUGCAUAGGGAAUAUGUUAUGUCUUUGUAGACAUGUGCAAAGUUGUUUUACUUUGGGGACCAUUGGGAUUUGGAGAAGUUGUUUUAAUGAAGAAUCCUGGUAGAGCCCGUGUAAAGAUUACUGAGUAGGUGUUUUAGCUCUAUUUGUUUUAUCUCCUUGCCUUUGUGUAGGACUCGUGGACGGUUGUUGUCUGCUUGUAUGUAAUUCAUGUGUUCCCGGAUCAAAUGUGCCUUUCCUGGGAAUAGAAGAAUAGAUCAAUUUCAGAUCAUAAGUUGUAGAUGAUUCUAUUUCAUUGACUGGGGCAGUUUGAAUGAUUCAUCAAAUAACAAGUGGGGGGGUGCUCAUAAUCCAAAA